AUGGUAUCAAAAACUCAACCUGUUAUUCCUCCUGCACCUCCAGCUGUUCAUCUUGAAACUAUUUAUGAGGAGUCAGGUGAUAGUCUUUCUUCAUCAGUUGUUAAUAUUCAACAUAAACUUGAUAAUCGUGAACAAUCAUCAAUUUACUGGUCAAAUCAGACAUCUCAUGGUCUCAUUAGCGCUCGUUCUAUACCAACAGUUGAUGUACAACGACGACGACAAGAAAAUGAAUGUCAACAGAAACCACCAAUUGAAGUUAGAUAUCUCGAUGGAACAAAACGUUAUAUACAUCCAUUAUUAACAACAACAUCGACGAUAAUAAAAAGAAGAAAAUAUUCUCGUUCUUCUCGUCAUGAUUCAUCGUCACCAAUAAAAAUUAAUACAAAAUCUCGGCAAAUAUUUAAUAUAACACCUAAAAAAAAGAAAAAAUUACCAAAAAAACCUGAAAUUAUGUUAACUAUUAUUACAGCUGAAGAUUUAAGUCAAGCUGGUAUUACACCACCAUCGACUUCAUCAUUAGACGAGUCUGAUACAUUAGCAUUAACAAAGUCACAAUCAAACUCGUCAGUCGAUACACUUAAAGCAGUAAAAGAUAUAUCACUUAAUGAUACUGAUAAAGUACCAACACAACAAUUACCAAUAGCCACUGUUCCACCAUCCGUCCAACCUGUUCGACCGACCAUGGAUGUUUCCAUAUCAAGUGUUCGUUUUCCUGUUGCUCCUCGACAUCAUUCUCAACAUCAACCAACAUUAAGAUAUCCUCAACAAAUUUCAACUAUUCGUAGUCAAAGUUUACCACCAUCACAAUCUCAUGUUCUUUCUUCACUUCAACAAAAAUCUGUUUCAAAUCAAGCACCACCUAUUGCUAUUGUGCCUCCAAAUCGACAAAAACCUCGUCCAUCACUUCAAAUUACUUUAACAAGAGAUGAGAAUGAAAGAAAUUUAUUAUCAACAACUAAUAUUCCAAGAUCUACGAUUUCUUCAGCGAAAUCUUCUAAUGAAAAUUUGAACAGUCAAUCAGGACGUUCACUUCAACCAUUUACUAAUAGUUUAGUUGGUGGUGGAUCUCGUAGUGCUUUUCGUCCUUUUUUUAAACCAACAACAUUUAAUCCACAACCACAAAUGCCAUUAAAUAUAAAUACGAAAUCACAAAUAUCAACAAAUCAAAUUAAACAAAAUUCAUCAAAACAACAAAUACAUCCACCUUCUCAUCCUCAUCUGCAACAAUAUCGACCAACAUCAUCGUUAAGUAUGACACAUUCUACAGUACAACCUUCACCUUCAUUAAAUCCCGUUGUGUAUGAUCGUCAUUCAAUAAGUUCAGAUGUAUUAAAACAAUCAGUUCGUUCAAGGAUACCAAAUCAUAUGCCGUCAGAUAAAAUUAUAAAUACAACUUCACAAAUGAAACCUUCAAAUAAUCCUCAACAAACAUUACUAACAUCGACUAUAAAAGUUGUCGAUAAUUCACUUCACCAAUCUAAUAUAACAAAGGAUAAAAUAAAAGACGCUCAAAAUCAUUCAGUUAUCAUUGAUCCAAAUUUACAAUGGCAUAGUGUAACAUCAAAAUCUUUAUUUGAUGUACCUCGUCUUUCGAAUCAAUAUUCCGAUAUUCCAUUACGUAUAACAUUACCAGAUUCAAGUCCAAAUCAUAAUCAAAGAUUACUUUAUAAUCAUAAUACUGCAUUAGAAAGUCGUCUUUUAAAUGCCGGUUUAUCUCCUGAAACGAUUGCUCUUUAUGAAAGAAUUCUUGAAGUUGGUGAUAUUCGUCAAAUGGCUAUAGAUUCACCACCAAAAAUUACUAAUCAGUAUCAUCUUGAAUCAUUUUUAUAA